CAACCGGUGGGCAAAUUAGUCACACUCCGGCAAAUUGGUGAAGUUGAUAGAUAUUUCAAGAAAAGUUGGCUAGGGCUGGAAUUGGAUGGUUCGGUUCACACUAUUCUCUGGAAUUCAAGCUUGAGGACAAGCUCUUUCAACAGAAAGGUUGGUUAUAAUAAAGAAAAGAAAUGGCAAGUGAGGCCAAGUUCGAACAGGGCGUCAGGUUCGCCUUCAGGUGGCGAAUCUGUAUCUUCUGCAACUACAGAAGCCAUUACCAGUCGUCUAAAUACCUUGAAUAUUACUGAAAGCGGUGCACAGUCUAGUGGUCCAGUCGCAUCUCUUCAGUUUGGGAGCGUUGAUUUAGCACCCCAGUCACUUGUGCAGCAUCAAAAAGUCAUCUGGAAACACAAAUCAUAUGGAACAGUAUCAGCCCCAACAGUGGAAGCUGAAAAAACACCAAAUGAACAAAAAAAUGUUCAAUUAAGUAAAUUAUUCAAGGGUAACUUAUUAGAGAAUUUUACUGUAGAUAACUCAACAUUCUCAAGAACCCAAGUAAGGGCCACCUUCUAUCCAAAAUUUGAGAAUGAGAAAUCUGAUCAGGAGAUUAGGACAAGGAUGAUAGAGAUGGUCUUCAAAGGCUUGGCUACAAUGGAGGUAUAUCUCAAGCUUGAUUGGCUUUUGAUGUUAUGCUAAUUUAAUUUUCGUUUAUUCCUUUAUUGGGAUGGUACA